UCAACCGCUGAGCCACGCGGGUGGGUAGGCUGGUUUGUGUUUUACACGCACAAGACUUUGUGCUUUGGGCUCCUUCUCCCUUCCCCGGAAGAAGCCUAUAGAGCUUGCUGCCUGGCUGUGUGGGGAGGGGAGCCAUGUUCAUUGCCCACCCACCCUCCUCUGCCAGAUGAAACGUCUUCUAAGAUCAACUCGAUAAUCUCCUUCAGCAUCGGUGGCGGUAUCCUGGCAGCUAUGCUCCUGCUGAUAGGUAUCGUCACCUGUAUUUACUUCAAAGUGGCCAAGGCACUGAACUCUCCAAAUCCACCUACUUGUUUGGCUGUAAAAAAUCAUCCUUCCAUGGUCACCCAGGACAAGAUCACGGCGGCCACAGCCAUAACCGCUGGCUACUACCCCAACCUCCGGUACUGUGACGAUUGCCAGUUUUAUGCUGACUUUGAUUCCCUGCCUCCAUGCUUCUGUGAUGUAAACGAGGGUCUCUGACUCGGGUGGGCAUAAACAUCUUCACGAGCAGUAUUUCUUUCUUAGCAGAGUGUUUUAUAUUCAAGGCAAGUUUUAUAGUGUUUGUAGUGUGUGCUGUGUAACGUGUUUGUGUACUUUUGAAUAAACGCAGUAUUGAAAACAA